AUGUCCCUUGUUGAUCGUCGUCCUUUUCAAGAUUCACGAGGAAGAAUGGCCCAUUAUACUAUCACGCCGGCCCAGCGCGUAUUGGACAGUCUCUCUCUCUCUCUCUCUCUCUCUCUCUCUCUCUCUCUCUCUCUCUCUCUCUCUGUACAUCGUCCACUCGUUCGUCACUCCAUCCCCAUCGACAACGUCUCGCUUUCAUUCUUUCGCCUAAUACGUAAUCUACAUUCUGGAGAGGUUUCAAUUAUUACUACACUUUUCACUGGCUUUCUUUCGCCACUGUCCACCAUUCUCUUCUUUCAAACUAACGAAAUUUUCUUAUUUCCUUUCUUGUUCUUAUUCUCCUUCCUGUCACCAUAUUUUUUCUAUUUCCUUCAACUGUUAAAUUUAUCGCUCCUGCCACGGUUUUUAUCUCUUGCUUUCAAUUUUCCUUUCAUCUGUGAUUUUCUUAUUUUUCUCGUUAUUUUUUCUUUUACUUUUAAUUUAAUCUUUUCCUCCUCCUUUUUUUUUGUUGUUGUCUUUCGUUCCCUUUGUUCUAUUUCUUUCUUUCUUCUCUUUCUUUCCUUCUUCUCUUUCUUUCUUUCUUUCUUUCUUUCCUACUUUUCCCAGUAUAUAUGCGUUCAAUUUCUUUGUUUAAUAUUUUCUUUUUUCUCUCUUUUUUUUUCUUUACUAUUUGAUCUUUCUUGGUUUAAUAUUUUCUUUUUUCUUUCUUUCUUUAUUUUUUCUUUACUUUUCUGUUCCUAUCCUUGUCUCUUCGUUAUCUAUCUAUCUAUCUAUCUAUCUAUCUAUCUAUCCUUGUCUCUUCGUUAUCUAUCUAUCUAUCUAUCUAUCCUUGUCUCUUCGUUAUCUAUCUAUCUAUCCCAAUUUCUUCAUAUCUCCCCAUCUAUCGAUUUACUUCCUUCUCCACCUGUUCCUAACUUUCUAGCUAUCAGUCUAUCUUAG